GAAAACAUCUCACGAUGAGCGGAAGAGGCAAAACCGGCGGAAAGACCAGAGCUAAGGCAAAGACCCGCUCUUCCCGUGCUGGGCUCCAGUUCCCAGUCGGUCGUGUUCACAGGCAUCUGCGUAAAGGAAACUAUGCGCAGCGUGUGGGUGCCGGCGCCCCCGUCUACCUGGCGGCUGUGCUGGAGUACCUGACCGCUGAGAUCCUGGAGUUGGCUGGAAACGCUGCCCGCGACAACAAGAAGACCCGUAUCAUCCCCCGUCACCUGCAGCUGGCUGUCCGCAACGACGAGGAGCUCAACAAGCUGCUGGGCGGAGUGACCAUCGCUCAGGGCGGCGUGCUGCCCAACAUCCAGGCUGUUCUGCUGCCCAAGAAGACCGAGAAGGCCGCCAAGUCCAAGUAAAGCUGGAGACUCGCUGACUGCUGGAAACCAGCCCCCAAAA